AUGCGUGAUAAAAUGAGGAAAUGGAGGGAAGAAAACUACCGAAACAGCGAACAGAUAGUGGAUGUUGGAGAAGAGUUGAUUAAUGAAUAUGCAUCUAAACUUGGAGAUGACAUUUGGAUAAUAUAUGAACAGGUGAUGAUUGCUGCCCUGGACUGCAGUCGAGAUGAUUUGGCAUUGUUUUGUCUUCAGGAACUAAGGCGGCAGUUUCCUGGGAGCCACAGAGUUAAACGGUUAACUGGAAUGAGAUUUGAAGCUAUGGAAAGGUAUGAUGAUGCAAUCCAGUUAUAUGAUAGAAUAUUACAAGAAGAUUCAACUAACACAGCAGCAAGAAAGCGUAAGAUUGCCAUUCGAAAAGCCCAGGGGAAAAAUCUUGAGGCCAUCCGAGAGCUGAAUGAGUAUCUGGAACAAUUUGUUGGAGACCAAGAAGCUUGGCAUGAACUUGCAGAACUUUACAUCAAUGAACAUGACUAUGCAAAGGCAGCCUUCUGCUUAGAGGAGCUUAUGAUGACUAAUCCACACAACCACUUAUACUGUCAACAGUACGCUGAAGUAAAAUACACUCAAGGGGGGCUUGAAAACCUUGAGCUAUCAAGAAAGUAUUUUGCACAAGCACUAAAACUCAACAACAGAAAUAUGAGAGCUUUGUUUGGACUUUACAUGUCUGCCAGCCACAUUGCUUCCAAUCCAAAAGCAAGCGCAAAAAUGAAAAAAGAUAAUAUGAAAUAUGCCAGCUGGGCAGCUAACCAAAUAAAUAGAGCAUACCAGUUUGCAGGUCGCAGUAAGAAAGAAACUAAAUACUCUUUGAAGGCAGUGGAAGACAUGUUGGAGACCCUGCAAAUCACUCAGUCUUAGGGUGGCACACAGAUCCAGUAUUAAAUUUUCAAAUUCCAUGAUGAACCUGUAAUGGCCUAUGGGUUAUGUUACUCUAGUGCUGUGAAAAGUUAAUUUUGUAUUGAUAAAUGUGCUAUCUAAAAUAAUGUUUUAUGAAAAUUAAAAUGCCUAUUUAUUGCUGCUAUGAAAAAUAUGAUGAAUACCCACUGAAAUUAAUAACCUAUCCACGAAGACAACAUAAAGAAAUGACAUGCUGCACAUCAGUCUCUUUAGAUUUUUGUAUCAACAGUACCUGCUUUUAAGCCAUAAUAUGUAGAAAUAAACCUGUUAAAUAAUUAAAAAAA